CAUGUACCUACAUUAUAUAACAAUAAUACCUUUUUUUUCCUUUUCCCGAAAGCAUUAGUAGUAUAAGAAUAACAAUUUUUUUCUGGGGUAUAAUUAGAAGUUUGAAGGGGGAGAGUUGUGUACACAACUUAAAACGAUCUCAUAGUUCACUCGCAAAUUCCGACAGUCAAUCCGAUCACCGGGAACAUGGUUUGCCUGGCGUGUUUGUUGCCGUUGUUUCUCGUCCCAAUCGUCAACUUAUUGCCGGUCAUCUUCGAUUUGAUCAUGGCGAAGGUGUACGGAUUGUUCGGGUGGGAGUAUCGGAAGCCGGCGAGAGCGCCGCCGGCUUGCCCUAUUAGACCCUCCGCCGCCAAAACUGCCGCCAAUGGCUCAGUUUCAGGUAAGGAGGACCUUGCUACUGCUACUACUACUGAUCCGCCACCAAAACCAGUUGCAGUUGAUGAGGGCAAGCAAGAUUAAAGAUCAGCAAUAUCUUAUGUAGACCACAAGUGAGUUCCUGUUUGGAUUGGCGAAGCGCUUAACUUAAAUGUUGAAAAGUAUGUUUUAUUGAUAUUGUCCGACUGCACUGCAUCAUGAUUCCUUUUGGCUUAAUUAUUAUACGAGAUACAUGUAGUGUUCUCUUACUAUAACUUGUACAUAGCUUUGUGCAAUUUCAUUGUCGUCGUCCUUGAUACUUCUUCUGAAACCCUAAGUUACAACCAUCCACUUACUUUUUUGUUAGUAUUGUAGAGUUUCUGAAUUCAUGAAGAAAUCAUGGAUCGUUGGCUUCAGUUA